AUGAGAUGGUUCCUUCUGGGUUUGUCAGUGGAGUCUCUUCAGAUUCUCCUACAACAAAUAAUGACGCUGAAAAGAAGCAGCUCUGACAGCAAUGAGGAAACAGUUGAGUACAUCAAGAAGAAGAUCAGGACCAUUGACUCUCCAGAGAAAUCCAUCAAUCUGUUCCACUGUCUGAAUGAACUGGGUGAUCAUUCACUAGUGGAGGAAAUACAACAGUUGAGUAAGUGUGGUGUCACAGAUGAAGGUUGUGCUGCUCUGGCUUCAGCUCUGAGAUCAAACCCCUCACACCUGAAACACCUGAAUCUGUCUCUGAAUAAACUGGGAGAUUCUGGACUCAAGCUGCUGUCUGCUGGACUGGAGAAUCCUCACUGUAAACUGGAGAAACUGUGCUUGAGUGAUUGUGGCCUCAAAGAUGAAGGUUGUGCUGCUCUGACUUCAGCUCUGAGAUCAAACCCCUCACACCUGAGAGAACUAAAUCUGUCUGGGAAUAAACUGGGAGAUUCUGGAGUCACGCUGCUCUCUGCUGGACUGGAGGAUCCUCACUGUAAACUGGAGAUACUGUGGUUGAGUUAUUGUGGCGUCACAGAUGAAGGUUGUGCUGCUCUGGCUUCAGCUCUGAGAUCAAACCCCUCACACAUGAGAGAACUGAAUCUGACUGGGAAUAAACUAGGAAAUUCAGUGAAUCUGCUCUCUGAUGUACUACAAAAUCCUCACUGUAAACUGGAGAUACUGUGGUUGAAUUAUUGUGGCGUCACAGAUGAAGGUUGUGCUGCUCUGGCUUCAGCUCUGAGAUCAAACUCCUCACACCUGAGACACCUGGGUCUGUCUUGGAAUAAAAUAGGAGAUUUGGGUGUAAAUCGUCUCUGUGCUGGACUGAAACAUCCUCACUGUAAACUGGAGAUACUACGGUUAAGUGAUUGUGGCGCCACAGAUGAAGGUUGUGCUGCUCUGGCUUCAGCUCUGAGAUCAAACCCCUCACACCUGAGACACCUGGAUCUGUCUGGGAAUAAACUAGGAGAUUCAGGAGUGCAGUUACUCUCUGAUCUGAAAGAUGAUCCACAUUAUAAACUGGACACAUUAUAA